UGGGGAGCUCAAAACCCAGCUCAUGGUGGAAAAUGGCACAGAACGAAACAAAUCCAUUUUGGGAAAUAUUAAAAUCAUUUAAUCCUGGUGAUAUGAUUCUAGCCUUCUGUUUAUCUAUACUCGUGGGCCUGCUGCUGGGAGCUUUGAUCUACGUUCUGCUGACCUGGGCGUCGAGGCGCCAAGCCACUGCCAAGAUCACAAGGCGCUCCAAAAAGAAAUCUGGGAAUUCGCGACGCGACCCCACGGGCAGCCAGUUUGGCCUUUACCGCAGCACUUUCCUGAGCGUCUACAGACAGCCUUCUCUAGAGCCCGUGGGCCCCUUAGGGAGUAAACCCGCGGAGACGUCCACCUUUCGGCCUCUGCCCAAAAAGAGCAGGCCCAGCCUGGACAUGGGAGAUGAUACGCGGGUGACCAUGUCAGAGGACACACUGGCUAUGAACUCAUCUGAUUCAGCCUCCCUCGUACCAAACAAGAGGAAUUCCUUCUGGCUGGGCGGCAACGGGCUGAAAGGAUUCCUCCCCUCACAUACCCCACCUCCUGCAUAUGAAAGUGUCAUCCAUGCCUUCGAAGAGACUUGCACUUAAAGCUGUUGAUGUGACAACAAGAACUGAAUUAAAACUGAGUUAAAAUGGUGGCAAUCACUACGACUGAAUCGAUGUUAUGUUGAAAAAACGGCUACAGAGGAUCUUGAAAGUCUAUGCAAAAGGUUUUAAUGAUGAAUAAAAUGUGACCACAAUAUGAUUUCUAAACCUUUUUCUACAUAUAUUGGGACAUUUGUGCUGUGCAAUUUGACUAAAAAAUAAGCAGAACUGGCAGGUAAAAAAACAAAACAAAAAGGCUCACAAACCUGGUUGCAUGAGUAUACACACCCUCUUGAACCAAUAUUUUUGAUUCAAUUUUGGCUUUCUUCUUUGUCUUCUCUGUCAGCAUCAUGGUGGCUUGACAAUAUUUCCUCUGUUUUUUUUUUUUUUCAUACCGACUUAGCAUUUCCCGUACGCGCCUCUUCAGGAGAAACCUACAGAGUUUCUCACAUUUAGUUCCAGACUCUAGCUGCGUCAUACCAAAACCAGAAUUUCCCCCUAAUGUAAUUAUCUUUUUGAAUCCACCUCAAAAAGAAAUAUUCAGUUCCAUAUAAAGAAAAGUAACCCUAGAUCAUAAUGCUGCCACUACUAUGUAUCACUGUGUGCGGUGUUCUUAAUUAUUGUUCAGUGUUGUUUUUGUGUCAAACUUAUCCCAUUAAAAAUUGUGCGUGUUUAGUUACAUCCGACCAUUACACAUUCUUCCAGGCGGGGAGAAAGUAGAUCGCUGCCACACAUGGAACAUCACUGGUGCAUGGAAGAAAUUUAUACUGUUUAUACCGUGACAAGUUCCUGCUCCUUUCUUAAAUGCAUUUUGGAGAAACAUACAGCUCAUGUAAUGUCACUAUUGUCCCAGAUUGUACCCAGUUAUUCAUGUUUCUGCAACCUUUUAAGAAAACUAGGGCUUAAGACAAAGGAUGAAACCAGCAAAUGUGAAAAAAAAUCCUUAUAGAGCAGAAGAAGUUUCUUAAAGUUGAUCUGAUUUAUAAUAUAUAAUGUUAGGUGUGCACCAAAACACAAACUCAAUUGCUUGGAUAAAAAUUAAAUGGGCUUCAAAUGAAUAUUUAAUUAAGGUUGCAUAUGCUUGUGCAAAUCUUCUAGCUAUUUAUCUUUCCCCCCACAUAUUUAUUUGUUUCUCAGUUGAAUUGUGCAGGACAAACAUCACAUUAUAUGUGGAAAAUGUUCUUAAUUGAUUUAUUGUGACCUCAUUUUUAACAUAACACAAUAUUGUGCUUUUAAUUUUCUCCAAAUAACUAAUGUUUUUACUUGGAAAUCCUGACAAGUUCAGUUUCUUUUCUCAAACCAAAAAUAACAAGAACACGAUGGAUUUUGUUGCAUUCUUGUACAAAAUUUGAAUGGUAAUAAAGAAAAAUAUAAUGUCUGCAAUGCAAAA